GGCUCGCGCAUUGUUACAUGACUUCACGUGAUUUGACUGCGUCAGCGACCGUUUACACUAAAACUCCGCCGCCACAGAGUCACCGAUGGCCCGCAGAGCUGCGCUGCUCGUUGUCCUGCAGCUGCUGGCGCUUCUUCUGUCCGCAGUGUCCGCGGGAGUGUUUUUCAGCCAGAAACAGCCUUGUUACGUCCGAACACCGAGGAACCAGCACUUUGGACUCAAGACUGCUCCUCGCCCUCAUGAAUAUUUAAAUGUGUCAGAUUUGCCCAAAUCGUGGGACUGGAGGAACAUUGAUGGCACAAACUAUGUCAGCACAACCCGCAACCAGCACAUCCCGCAGUACUGCGGCUCCUGCUGGGCACACGGCAGCACCAGCGCCAUGGCAGAUCGCAUCAACAUUAAACGUAAAGGAGUGUGGCCGUCUGCCUACCUCUCUGUCCAGAAUGUGAUCGACUGUGGUGACGCAGGCUCUUGUCACGGAGGUGAUCAUGGAGGAGUUUGGGAGUACGCUAACAAAAAGGGGAUCCCAGAUGAGACCUGCAACAACUACCAGGCCAAAGACCAGAACUGCAAGCCCUUCAACCAGUGUGGCACCUGCACCACCUUUGGUGUGUGCAACAUCGUCAAGAACUACACCCUGUGGAAAGUGGGAGAUUACGGAUCUGUGAGCGGGAGAGAGAAGAUGAUGGCCGAGAUCUACGAAAAAGGACCCAUCAGCUGUGGGAUUAUGGCCACAGAGAAGCUGGAUGCGUACACUGGAGGUGUCUACACAGAAUACCAAGAGGAACCCUUCGUCAACCACAUCAUCUCAGUGGCAGGGUGGGGCGUGGAGAACGGUGUCGAAUACUGGAUUGUGCGGAACUCCUGGGGAGAGCCAUGGGGUGAGAAGGGUUGGCUCAGGAUUGUGACCAGUUCCUACAAGGGAGGAAGUGGCAGCACAUACAACCUGGCAGUAGAGGAGGACUGUAUGUUUGGAGACCCAAUCGUCCCUAAAGACUACGUUUAGAGGACAGCAGCACACAGUGCCGGACGAUGCUUAAGUAUGUGCUAUUAAUUUCGUCCUUUCUCUGGAAGUGGGGAAAUUUUUGUAUGCAAAAGCUUGAAAAGGGAAGUUUUGAUCUUUUUUUAAAAAAAUUUUUACACUUGAAAUCAGGGUUAAGUAAAUUUCAGCUGGAUUUAUACCUGCUUCAGUCAAGUGUUCAGACUUUGAACAAUCUGAAUUAUUAUCAGGGAGAUUAACAACAGACAGAUGGAGCAGGGUUUUUCUACAAAAACAUAAUAAGUGCCUUCUUAUAUGCAUUUCAUGUCAAAUAGAGCUUUUUAUAAUUUGGUUUUCACGCCAAACAAUCCACACGUCAGAAAAAUGGAAAAUAACCAAUAUCUAUGCUAAUAAACGACACUCGAAAGUGAUGGUUCACACAAAA